AUGGUCGUCGAGAACAAAGCUGCAGUUCUAGCACCCGAAGGCCAUCCACCCGACGUCCGUAAAGAUGUUGAGAAUCAGCAGGCUCAGCCGACAAGCGACGUGCACUCUUCCUCCUUCAAGAGCUUGGGCGUUUUGGACCAGUAUCUCGCGCUCUGGAUCUUCCUCGCAAUGACCAUCGGCAUUCUUUUGGGGAACUUCGUUGCGAGUGCAGGGCCAUCAUUGCAGAGGGGCGAGUUUGUUGGAGUUUCCAUUCCCAUCGCGGUUGGAUUACUGCUCAUGAUGUAUCCGAUCCUCUGCAAGGUGCGAUAUGAGACUUUGCACCAUUCGUUCCGCACCAGAGCAUUGUGGAUCCAAGUGGCCUUCAGCAUUGUUGUCAACUGGAUCAUUGCGCCUCUUUUGAUGCUCGGGUUGUCGUGGGCGUUUCUUCCUGAUCAGCCUGCGUUGCGCGAAGGUCUGAUCUUGGUCGGUAUUGCAAGAUGUAUCGCAAUGGUCUUGAUCUGGACAGGAUUGGCUGGGGGCGACAACGAAUAUUGCGCAAUUCUGGUCGCCAUAAAUUCACUCCUGCAGAUGAUAUUGUUCGCACCACUUGCCCUCCUCUUCGUCAAAGUCAUCGGCGGAUCCACACAAAGUGUUCAGGUCGGGUACACACCCGUCGCGAAGAGUGUUGGCGUUUUCUUGGGCAUUCCCCUUGGUGCUGCUAUUGUUACCAGGUUUUCUCUGAGAAAACUUGCAGGCAAUGGUUGGUACGAGCGGACAUUUUUGAAGUGGAUAGGGCCGCUUUCACUCAUUGGUCUUCUCUUCACCAUCGUCGUCCUGUUCGCAUCACAGGGUCGUCGUGUUGUCCAUCAAGUUGUUUCAGUUGUGCGGGUCGCUGCGCCUCUAGUCGUCUAUUUUGUGGUCCUCUUCAUGUCCAUCCUAUGUAUCAGUCGAAAGCUGGGGUUUGGGUACCGCUUGGCCUGUACCCAAAGCUUCACGGCUGCAAGUAACAACUUCGAGCUGGCAAUUGCUGUAGCCAUCAGCACAUUUGGAGUUGACAGUGAUCAAGCUCUUGCGGCAACUGUGGGGCCCUUGAUUGAGGUACCCGUCUUACUGGGCCUGGUUUAUCUGGUGAAGUGGUAUGGAAGGAGGAAGGCGUGGCCAGCGUGA